GUGUUCAAUCAUAUGAGACGGGCUAUCAAAUUUAUUGAUAGAAACAUGAAGGAAAAAAAAGCUGUACUUGUACACUGUGGUCGUGGCAUCUCCCGCUCCGCGACUUUGAUUAUAGCGAUGCUUAUGGUCCGAAACAAGACCUCCUAUGUUGACGCUCUCGCGCUUGCAUCAUCGAAACGUGCUUGUAUCUACCCAAACGUUGGCUUCCAAAUCCAACUCUGCCUUUUUGAGAAGCUUGACAUGCGCUUUGGCGCCGUUCCUGACCGCGUUAUUGCUCAUCUUGUGUUGUUCUUGAACGAUCAUUAA